AAUUUUUCCAGAGUCUCCAGCCUCACAGCAACCACCGAGUAGAGAGAGCAGCAGCAGCCGGCGGCGAAGAAGAAGAUGAAGUACAAUCCACGUGUCUCCUCCUCCCGGCGCAAGAGCCGCAAGGCGCACUUCACCGCGCCGUCGAGCGUCCGCCGCGUGCUGAUGAGCGCGCCGCUCUCCGGCGACCUCCGCACGAAGUACAACGCGCGGUCGAUGCCGGUGCGCAAGGACGACGAGGUGCAGGUGGUCCGCGGCACCUACAAGGGGAGAGAAGGAAAGGUGGUGCAGGUGUACCGUAAGAAAUGGGUAAUCCACAUCGAGCGAAUCACCCGCGAGAAGGUCAACGGAUCCACGGUCAACGUCGGCAUCCACCCCUCCAAGGUCGUCAUCACCAAGCUCCGCCUUGAUAAGGAUCGCAAAUCUCUGCUCGACCGCAAGGCCAAGGGACGCGCCGCCGCUGACAAGGAGAAGGGCACCAAGUUCACCACCGAAGAUAUUAUGCAGACUAUCGAUUAGUAGGUUUUUUUGUCUUUCUGAAAUUGAGUACUUUUUUUUUUUUGUUUUAUUGUUGGAUUUAUAUUAAUGAAUGUUGAUGCGAGGAAGAGAGGGAUCAAUCUAUGUUUAUUUUGAUGGUACUUUUUGUUUUAGUUUUGUUUCGGUCGAAAUGCCGACAAUUCUUAGAGUUUUAAAUGCGCUGGCCAUUUCGUAAUUUUUGCUGA